AAUUCUUACAGAUAAAUUCUCGAGGGAGCCAACAAACAUUCGUCAUAGGGGAAAUACUACUGAUUUCUGGGUUAACGCCGAUGGUGUUGAUUCUUCUUCUAGAUUUCAUGUCUCCGACCGUGAAGAUGAAGACGAAGCAUACAUCCAUGUUGAACGAGAACAUGAAAGGAACAAUCAACCCAGAUUUGCUCCUUGUGAAGAUAUGGAACAACCCUCUCAGGAUAAAGAAGAAGACGCGACGAAUCUACUGCAAUACAGCCAUCAUCCUUACGACGAAGGCAAAAUGACGAUCAAUAAAGCUUUGUCGGGAAAUUUAUAUUUUUAGACUCUCCUUCAUCCGUGGAAAAUGCUUCAACCGUGUUGAAAAGAACAAGGCAUGUCAUGAAAGAAAGGCGUGGGGACAACCGUGGAAAUAAACGACUGAUCGACGAUCAAUGCUCAGGUGUCGUCGCCAACAAAGGUGUUAAGGGAAAAGCUACAUCUUAACAAACCAAUGUUCAAUGUCAGGGUACGCUCAAAGUUCCGCGACGACAACCACAACAACAAGCAAAGACAGAUCAAACAUUCCCAGACUUUUCAUUCCUUAUGGAAGAGGUUCUCGAGUUACUGGAGGUCUGGAUACAAGAUGGAUCUGUCAAAUUACCUCAUGUGAAACGCCCGCCGACUGUGCAAGACUUUUCAUUCCUUAUGGAAGAAAUGCCUACGGCCACGUCACCCUUGACGUAAGCAUAGGCGAUAUCAAACCGAAUGUUGUGUUCCAUAUUAUCAGGGAGAAUACAGGCUAUGAUAUGAUUAUCACUCGCCCAUGGAUUCAUAACAGCAAAGCCAAGUUCGACGCGCUCCCACCACAGAAGUUACCAUUGAGGAACCCUCCCGAUGACGCUGAUGAGUCAAAUGGACCUAUCAGCCACUCACCACUAAAGAAAGCUGACACAGAUCUGGAAUCGACACUUGGAGAAAAGACGAGGUUACACACUCUUGGAUCGCAACUACAAUAUUUUACUAAUUGGGUAGGAGUCGCCCCAGACGGAAACAAGAAAACCAGUAACCCAAUUAUUUUAGAAACGUGUCGCAAAUUCGAGAUACAAAAAAAUCCAAUCCUUUCCAAGUCGGCGUCGAAAAACUUACCACCUUCCCUGGAAAAAAGACUCGUACAUGUUGGAACCAUAUUAGGUAGAUAAUACGAACUUUUCAAUACCGAUGAGCCAACAGUGGUAGCCACAUCUAGCAAGCGGAUUUAAGCAGUAAAUGCUUAAAACACUUCACCACCCCUAACAAAUCUUUCCAUGAUUUACAUAAUUUUGUAAAUUCCCCAAAAUGAUUGCAACGACUUGCAUUCAUUUUUAGGAUCCCAGUUCAUCCAAUUAAAAAUCUUAUUUUCCCUAUCCUUUGCCAAUCAUCCAAGAGAAAAUCUACCUACUAUCCCAACAAAUAAAACCAUAAAAUCCGGGUAUCUCAGAGACACAUGAACUCCCAAGAGAAGAGCUACUAAGAAAAGAUAUCUCAGAAGACUUAUUUAAUGCCAUUAGAAUAUUCUCCUUUCUUCUAUGCAAGAGCUUCAAUUGCGAGCCUCAAUUCUCGUAGUAAGCGAAUGCAUUUUUCAUUACAUUGGUGCUUUCCCCAACGUCACCACAUGGAGAAUCGUCUUCGGCAACCAUAUACGAAGAAUCAAAUAAUUACGUGAAUCACACUUGGGGAUAGAAGAUUUCCAGAAGAUCCCCUCACUGUCGAAAAUCUCUCGAUCUUAAAGGAGACGGACAACCGGAGAGUCCCAAUCUUGAUCAUUUACUUCCAAAAGUAUGACACAGAGAUAUCGUCACAUAUCUCGACUGCGCCAUCAGAUCUAGUAUGUGUCUACAACUCCCGACAAGGCCGUGAUGCAUUCCCAAGCCGACUCAGAAAUACAACUCUAGCAACUAAAAAAGAGUAUGACUGAGGACUGCUUAUCGCAGCUCAUUCCCUACAACAAUCAAAGAUUAAGAAGAUAGUUCAAAAUACGACGUCCGGUACACAGAUUUUGAAGACAUCGAUAGAAGCAGGACGAUAAUGGGGCACCUCUCAGCUCACCUUCUUCACCAUUGACGUUUCAAUACAACUCCGCCCAUCUGAGCAUUCCAAGCAUAGCAUCAUCACAAUCAGAAGGGCAAGAAGAUGCUUAUGUGCUAAAGAGUUAGAAUAAGCAAAAUUACAUUCAGUUAAUGCUCAUGAGUUUAGAAAAUGUCCCAGUUGCGGCUCAACAACAACAGAGAGAACAACAACAGAAGGAGACUUCGAUCUUCCUGGUUUCCUUUACCUGAUCACACCCAUGGCAUGGGGAUUUCACCUCCGUUACCGCUAGCUUCAACCCCGCCAAUUUUGGAGGAGAUGCUGAAUUAAUAAUUCUCAAGAUGACACCAUUAACUUCCCCAAUCUACGAACAAGCCUAAAACAGACAACACAUGUAGUCAUGGUACUAGUCUCGGCUAUUAUUGGCUUACAAGAUGCUUUCAGAAGUUCAGAAAUCGGCAACCCUUAGUGAGGAACGGGGCGACAAACCCUUCAUAAUAAGUGUUUAUAUAUGUCUCUGCUACGACAUACUGAAAGGGCAUCCAGGUCUACACAAAGUUGGGGUUACAACUACACAUAAGUGUUUAUAUAUGUCUCGGCAACCCUUAUCUGCUCCCUUGUCUGUACGUAUUUGGCUUGGCAGCAACCCCAACUUUUCUUUUUUGUUUGUAACUACACAAACACUAUAUAAGAAAGUAGU